CCUUGAGGCCAACCAGGGCUGGUUCAAAUCCUGCUCUGCUCUGCCACCUCCCCGCUCUGUGACCUUGAGCCAUUGCCUCCCCUCUCCGAGCAAGGGUCCCUGAGAUGCCCCGACCCCAACUCUGCAGGAGGUUAGGGUGGUUUUCCAACAGCACCAGGGUCGGCCUGGGGUUCUAGCAGCUGGCACGGACCCCCACCCUGGAGUGAAAGAUGCCUGAGCAGAGUAACGACUACCGCGUGGUGGUGUUUGGUGCAGGCGGUGUGGGCAAGAGCUCGCUGGUGCUGCGCUUCGUGAAGGGCACGUUCCGAGACACCUACAUCCCCACCAUUGAGGACACCUACCGGCAGGUGAUCAGCUGCGACAAGAGCGUGUGCACGCUGCAGAUCACCGACACCACAGGCAGCCACCAGUUCCCAGCCAUGCAGCGGCUGUCCAUCUCCAAGGGCCAUGCCUUCAUCCUGGUCUUCUCCGUCACCAGCAAGCAGUCGCUGGAGGAGCUGGGGCCCAUCUACCAGCUCAUCGUGCAGAUCAAGGGCAGCGUGGAGGACAUCCCCGUCAUGCUGGUGGGCAACAAGUGUGACGAGACACAGCGGGAGGUGGACACCCGUGAGGCUCAGGCCGUGGCCCAGGAGUGGAAGUGCGCCUUCAUGGAGACGUCAGCCAAGAUGAACUACAACGUCAAGGAGCUCUUCCAGGAGCUGCUCACGCUGGAAACACGCCGCAACAUGAGUCUCAACAUCGAUGGCAAGCACUCCAGCAAACAGAAGAGGACAGACGGCAUCAAGGGCAAAUGCGUCCUCAUGUGAGCCCCGGACGCCCCACAGCCGCCCAUCCUGGCCCCUGGCCCGGCCCCAUGCCUCCCCCAACGCCGCCCUGCAGCCAGUGCUGCCUUCCCCUCUCUCACCUCUUCCACUUUUCUGACAUCAUCCAACAUCCCCACUGGGGACACUGAGGCCCCUCCUAGCCCGCGGCAGGUCUGAGGCUCCAACCCGGCUCUGUCAUAUCCUUCCGCCCCAUCCUUCUGUCCCACCCUCCUGUCAGUACCUCACAAAGCCAAGUGCUGGAGGUGGCCCCCUUGAUCUGCACAUGGGAAAAUGGAGAAGCUGCCUGUCCCCAUGGGGACCAAGGAUGCCGGUUUUUCCCCAACUCUGCCCAUCUCCGUGUCAACCUGGACCCCCAUCUCUGUCCCUUUCCCUUGGGUGUCCCCAGCCAGACCUGUGCCACCCACCCAUUAGAUCACUGUGACCUUGCUGGGGAGGAGGGAGUUGAAAUGCACAUGGACCUCAGAUUUCGUUUUCUCCUAUUUGGUGUUUACACACACGCCGCCCACCCACCUCCAUCCCUCACGACCUCUGGCCUGUGCGCCUGGCCCUGGGUCCCAGACCACCCCUCUCACUUCUGUCCCAACAGCUUGGGGUGGGGGACCUUGCGGGAUGGGCCUCAGGCUGCCAGGCAAUAACCACAGGGCCCGCAGCAGCACCCCGCCAGCCCAGAACCCUACUCCUCGCCCAGCCUGGGCCUGGCGUGCAGGCAGGGGAGGCCCAGAACCAGCCGAUGGUCACAGCACAACUUUGGGGACUGCUCAGCAUGAAUGUGGGGGGUCUUCCUGGAGACGGCUUGCAGACAGAGAUUGGCACAGCACAUCAUCAGCAAGCCCUGGGCAGGGGUCUGUGGUGCUGGGGGAGGGUGCCUGAGGCCUCCUCCAGGGGCAGAGGACUGCAAUCACCAUCAGCAGAAUCUGAGGGGGCUCAAGGCAGAACCCUGCCCAGCCCACUUCUUCCCACCAUCCGCACCCCAGGUGCAGGGGAGCCCCCAGAAAGGCGUGUAUUCUAGAAUUGGGAUGUCUCUGCCACCAUGAGAUUCUGAGUGUUUUAUGAGAGUGUCUAGAUAACUCUACACUCGUGGGACCCCACGGGCUGUCUGGCAAUGACAUUGACUUGUAGGCCUGGAGUGGGGAGUGACCAUGGGAUGGUAUAUUUGUGCAAGUUGCUGUGCAGGGGUUGAUCGCUUGUGUGUAAGAUUGUGUCUGUGUGUGCACCUGUGUGUGGCUGUCACUGGGGUGGUAUGUGCGUGUGACAGUCUGUGUAUGUGUGGGGUACAUGUAGGGGUGGGUGGUGUGGUUGUCGACAGGACUGGAUAUUUGGAUGUACCAACAUGAGCGUGACUGUGUUUUUGGGAGCAGGUGACAUGAUUUAUCAGGGAGCAUCCGUGAACCGGUAUGUUGUCACUGUGUGAGGAAUACUAAGCCUCUUUGACUCUGUAGCAAGGUGGUUCUCGGCUCAAAAUCUGUAUCAGUCAGCUAUUACUGUGUAACAAAUGACCAUAAACUCAGAAACUUGGAAACACACAUAUUUGUUAUCUCCCAGUUUCUGUGGGCCAGGAACCUGGGCACAGCUAAGCUGGCUUCUCUGCUCAGGGUCUCACGAGGCUGCAGAAAUAGUACUGUCUGGGCUGCGGUCUCAUCUGAAGGCCUGACUGGGGAAGGACCCACUUCCCAGCUUGCAUGGUUGUUGGCAACACUCAGUCUCCUGUGGUUGCUGGAUGAGGGCCUCAGUUGCUCACUGGUUGUCAGCAGGAGCUGCCCUCUGCUCCCUGCCCUAUGGGCCUCUCCCCAGGGCCGGUCGAAGCACUGGGUGGGAGGAAGUUGUUUGUGUGUAUGUGCUUGUAUGCGCUUGUGCACACUGAGACUGAAUUGUCCAUGUGAGAGAGAGAGGUAAUGUGGCUGUCCAGUCGUGUGGCCAUGUGGAAGUAUAUGUAGGUCAGAGGGAUUCUGUGUUCAACUUGGUGGCAGUGUGUUUGUUUUUCUUUUUGUUCAUGUGACUGUUCACAAG